GUCGGAAGUACGUCACAGCAUAUUUGCCGAUGUCCCGCUUCCGGUCCUGAGUCACGGUGAGGAAGAGAAUGGCUCCGCCGGGCGAUUACAAGAUGGUGGGGGACGCGGUGGAGCAGGUGCGGAUGGAUAUGGACGAGUCACGUGGGGGCACUGGCUUACGGCAGUAUUAUUUGUCGAAAAUCGAGGAUCUCCAGUUGGUUGUCAAUGAAAAGAGUCAGAAUUUAAGACGUCUUCAAGCUCAAAGAAAUGAGUUGAAUGCUAAAGUGCGGCUUCUGCGUGAAGAGCUGCAGUUGCUUCAGGAACAGGGCUCCUAUGUCGGCGAGGUGGUCAGAGCAAUGGACAAGAAGAAGGUGCUGGUCAAGGUCCAUCCAGAAGGGAAGUUUGUGGUGGAUAUUGAUAAGAAUAUUGACAUCAAUGAUGUUACACCAAAUUGCAGAGUUGCUUUGAGGAAUGACAGUUACACCCUUCAUAAGAUUCUGCCCAACAAGGUGGACCCAUUGGUGUCACUGAUGAUGGUGGAGAAAGUUCCAGACUCCACCUACGAAAUGAUUGGCGGCUUGGAUAAGCAAAUCAAAGAAAUCAAGGAAGUCAUUGAGCUGCCUGUCAAACACCCAGAGCUUUUUGAGGCCCUGGGGAUCGCUCAGCCCAAGGGAGUGCUGCUUUAUGGCCCACCUGGUACUGGGAAGACCCUACUGGCCCGUGCAGUUGCUCAUCACACAGAUUGCACAUUUAUUCGUGUGUCAGGAUCUGAACUUGUACAGAAGUUCAUUGGAGAAGGAGCCCGCAUGGUGCGUGAACUCUUCGUCAUGGCUCGUGAACACGCUCCGUCCAUUAUCUUCAUGGAUGAGAUUGAUUCUAUUGGAUCUUCACGGUUAGAAGGAGGGUCUGGUGGUGAUAGUGAGGUCCAGCGUACAAUGCUUGAGCUGCUGAACCAGCUGGAUGGCUUUGAGGCAACCAAGAAUAUCAAGGUCAUUAUGGCAACAAACAGAAUUGACAUUUUGGACUCUGCUCUCCUGCGCCCUGGACGUAUUGACAGGAAAAUUGAGUUCCCCCCUCCUAAUGAGGAGGCACGUUUGGACAUCCUCAAAAUCCAUUCCCGCAAAAUGAAUCUGACUCGCGGUAUCAACCUGCGCAAGAUUGCCGAAUUGAUGCCUGGCGCAUCCGGGGCUGAGGUGAAGGGUGUGUGUACCGAGGCUGGGAUGUAUGCACUACGGGAGAGGAGAGUACACGUCACACAAGAAGACUUUGAAAUGGCUGUAGCAAAGGUGAUGCAGAAAGACAGUGAAAAGAAUAUGUCUAUAAAGAAACUGUGGAAAUAACAAUGCCAGGAGAAAAUCCUUGGAAGACGUCGGCAAUCUAUUUUGUGUGUCUGUACAGCUGCUGCUGCUAAGUUAUGGUUGCAGCCUGGAUAAAGCAUUACUUGAAGACACCUGCCACCAUUCUGUAACUUCCAAGCAGCCAUGGGGGGGGAGGUAAUUGUAAAGCAAACCUGUGGGAAGCUAUGAAUCAUAGGGUAAAAGCUGUAGCUGAUGGCUUAUGUUGACAGGCAG